AUGGCCAGAACUUUCUUCGUCGGUGGUAACUUCAAAUUGAACGGUUCCAAGCAAUCUAUCAAGGAAAUCGUUGAAAGAUUGAACACUGCUUCUAUCCCAACUAACGUUGAGGUCGUCAUCUGCCCUCCAGCUCCAUACUUGGACUACGCUGCCUCUUUGGUUUCCAAGCCACAAGUCACCGUUGGUGCCCAAAACACCUACCUAAAGGCCUCUGGUGCUUACACCGGUGAAAACUCCGUUGAGCAAAUCAAGGACUGUGGUGCCAAGUGGGUUAUCUUGGGUCACUCCGAGAGAAGAAGCUACUUCCACGAAGACGACAAAUUGAUCGCCGAAAAGACCAAGUUCGCUUUGGGUGAAGGUGUCGGUGUCAUUCUAUGUAUCGGUGAAACUCUAGAACAAAAGAAGGCCGGUAUCACCUUGAAGGUUGUCGAGACCCAAUUGGAUGCCGUCUUGGCUGAAGUCAAGGACUGGACUAACAUCGUCGUCGCUUACGAACCAGUCUGGGCUAUUGGUUCCGGUUUGGCUGCUACUCCAGAAGAUGCUCAAGAAAUCCACGCUUCCAUCAGAAAGUACUUGGCCGAGAAGUUGGGCAAGGACGCUGCUGAGAAGAUCAGAAUCUUGUACGGUGGUUCCGCCAACGGUAAGAACGCUGUGACCUUCAAGGACAAGCCAGAUGUCGAUGGUUUCCUAGUCGGUGGUGCUUCUUUGAAGCCAGAGUUCGUUGACAUCAUCAACUCCAGAAACUAA